GUCAUAUACUGAUAUAGCAACCUAAGUGUGUACGGUUGUGACCCGUUAUCUCGUGCUACGUGCUCUGCGUGCCUUGCGCUCCCAGUUCUCGUAAAAUAAUUCAAAAUAGUUCAUUGCAUCUUCCACAAUUUGACCCGCGUUAGGGUGUUUAUGGUAAGUAGGGUCAAUAUUAUAAUGGAUGAAAGUUUUUUUACGAAUAACGCUUUAAAAGUAGCCUUAUCGUUGUCUCCAAGUUGUGCGUACGUUUAACAGGUUUUGAAAGAUCUUAAAAGGUGGUUGGGGCUACAGACUACAAGGUAAUCACGUGACUUAUAGUAUCCACCGUCUCUAUGUAUGAAUGAAAGCACACUCCUCGGUGGAGCUUUGUGUUCACACUUUCAUGCACACACCGACUGAAAGACAGACGCAUCUUUCUAUACUGAUGGUGAUGCAAUCCAGUCAUGGGAAUCGAACCUGCCAACCCGUCCGCUCCCGGCCUUCUGGAGGCCCCAGACAGUCACUUUCUAUCCACAAUAGAUGUGUGCUUGAGCAGAACUCGAGAUUUUCACGCGGUCAGCACAGUGAAAAACAAGAAUGUGACUCGGAUGAUUCUCUCAAAUGGGAGGAAUUUUUCGGAACGACAGUAGACAUCAGUUCUUCAUUGCUAAACAUGUACGACUGCCUGGUGGGAAAGAGUAAUGACUGGGACGGUGGAGAUGAGAACGAGGAAGAUGGUUCCAAAGAUGUCAACACAGAUGCCUGCCAGCCGCCUAGAUUUGAUCAUCACAACCCAUGCAGUAGUCCUAGAACUCGGUUUCCUUUUCAGAAGAGUCUGUCUGUGAAUGACACUUGUACUAAACGUCCUCUCAGCACAAGCUCGGUGUCUUCCUCUUCAUCUUCUUCGUCUUCGUCGCUUCCUAGAAGUGGCAUCGAUGUUAAAAGGUCAUACUUGGCCAGCAUUGAAAGUUUAGCUGAUAUUUCUCCAGAUAAAGACAAUAAUUGUUCUCAUGAUCAGAGCUCUCACUACAAUCAAAAUAACGGACAAAUGGCAGCAAACCCCGAAAGUUGUGGACAGCAGGCAGUAGACUUGAAAAGUAGUGGACAAGGGUCAGCAGAUCUAGUAAGUAGUGGACAAGAAGACGUGACACGUAGAGCCAGUCAUGGAAUAAUGGUUUCAUGUCGUCAACAGACUUCUGAUCUCAACCUUUGUCCAACUGACCGUGUCAUCAUGGAAAUUGUGGAUACUGAGAGGACAUAUGUAAAUGAUUUACAAGAAAUAAUUGAGGGAUAUUUUCAAUACCUAUCAACAGAAGAUAAUAAAAUAAGCAAAUUCACUUUAAGAGAACUCUCUGGAAAUAUUGAAGACAUAUACAAGUUUAAUAGGAACUUUUUGAAAGUACUAGAGGAUUGUGGCUUAGACCCAGCAGAAGUUUCCAGAUGUUUUGUCAAAAACAGCACAGGGUUUGCUAUCUAUACUCAGUACUGCACAAAUUAUCCAAGGUCAGUAGAAGUGUUAACAAAACUGAUGCAAAACUCUGAAACAGCUGAAAUUUUUCGGGAAAGACAACUUGCUCUACAUCAUCGCCUACCCCUGGGCUCAUACUUAUUAAAACCAGUACAAAGAAUAACAAAAUACCAACUGUUAUUAACAAAUUUGGUGAAACACUUGGACAAAGAUGGUGAUGGCUAUCCUGACAUCAAGAAUGCAAUUUCAGUGAUGACAGGGCUAGUGUUUCACAUCAAUGACAUGAAAAGAAAACAUGAAGAUGCUGUGCGGGUUCAGGAGAUUCAGUCUCUCUUGUAUGAGUGGGAGGGUCAAGACCUGACAACAUAUGGAGAGUUGGCUGCAGAGGGGACGUUUCGUAUGUUAGGUGCUAAAGCAUCACGCCAUUUGUUCCUGUUUGAUAAAAUAUUGUUGAUUGCAAAAAAAAAGGAAGAAGGAAAGCUAAGCUACAAAGAUCAUAUAAUGUGUUCAAACUUAAUGCUGAUAGAAAGCAUCCAGGGAGAGCCAUUAUGUUUCCACGUAAUUCCAUUUAACAAUCCUCGGCUUCAGUAUACAUUCCAGGCACGUAACUUGGAACAGAAACGAGAAUGGUGUCUUGAGUUAAAGCGAGUGAUACUGGAAAACUACAAUGCUGUGAUUCCAUCUAAAGCUCGGCAGCUAGUCAUGGAGCUUGGCCAGAAUAAAGAAGAAGUGUCUGUGCCAUCUGACAAAAAUAGCUCCAAGCGCCACCUUUCAGCACCAGAGUAUCUAGAAAAACGAAAACAAGAAAGAAGAAAAUCAGAGAUUAACUUGAAUAAGGCUUUCAAGUUAAAGAAAGGAAACAAGAAGAAUGACUUUCUGCUCAGCCCUAAAGGAUCUCCAGCUGAAAAACGUAGGGGAAGAAAAUCUCGAAGUGCCAGUCAUGAUGCCACUGCAUUUCUUUCAGUUCCUACUCACCAUUCACACAAUGAGGAACGUCGAGCUAGUUUUGAUAUUGCCUGUAGUCCAACACAAAGAUGUGAAUUUCGUUAUGAAAGGCCUAAUAAAGCCAAUACAACAAAAAACAAUGCUGAAGAUUCUGACUGUGUUUUUGUCAGAAAGAGAUCUAUGUCACUAUUUCCACCAUCUAUCCACAAACCAGAUGAAGGAGCCACCAAUGACACUGAUAAUGAAAGCAUUUCAUCACAUAUCCCUGAAGUUCAAAAAGAAAAUACAAAUAGAAGGCCGUAUUGGAAAGCAUGGAAUAGCCUGCCAGAUGAAACAACAGAUACUGAGAUGGAAGACAACUAUGAACGGAUUGAUAUAAAUCGUAUCCUUCAGCUCUGCCCUCCUCCAAGACCAGCCAGAACCGAGGAAGAAAUGCUAGAAGACCUUGCUGGAGAGUAUGUUACUUUUGUCUUUGCACAUCGAUAUGCUUGUCGGGACCUAGAUAAUUCAAAUCAUACUUAUGAAAAUGCAACUGCUGAUCAAUCUACAGUUUCAACAGGAAAUAGAAGACAAUCAAUGAGUAAUUCAGCAUCACCAUUGUCUGUAAACACUUCUAUGCCAAGUCCUUGUAAUCAGAACAGUAAAAAACAUGGUAACUAUGACAAUUUAAUGAACCUAUGGAAUAAAUUAGGGACUGUAGAAAUUAAAACAGAUAAUAGCGAAGAAACUAGUAGCACCUCAAGUGAUUCAUCAUGGAAGCAAAAUGCAGCUCUUCGAAGAGUUCAUUCCUUCACUGGGAUAGCCAAAGCCAAAGUUGCUUCCCUUCAUCAAUCACUUUCAUUUCGACAACAAUCUACAAGCAGCUCUGGCUUGCCUCCAAAACCUAAAAUAGUACCUCGACCUAAAACUAAAAGUAAAGAUUAUGAAGAGAUUACUUUGUUCUCCAUUCCUCCUCCUCCUGUCUCACAUUCCAAAGAAAGCUACUGUCCAACUGCCCCAGACGUGUGGUUAAAACAACAACAGAACCAUUUGGCAGAGUCUUCAAGUAAGUAUGGAUCUUUACCCAGUAGUUUCCAGUUUGGCCAUGACUAUAGUGACAUGGAGCCAAACAAAUCAACAAGUCACCUUGAUGUAGAAAAAGGUAGGAUGAGGGUGGAAACUAAUCAUAAUGUUUAUAGUGACCAUAGACCAUUCAGAAAUGCCUCAGACAAACCCUUAUGUGAAGAUUUUAUGGAGGACCUUGAGCAUUAUAUAGCUUCAGCUUCUUAUAAAAAGCAGCAUGAUUUUCGGUUUCCAGUAAAUUCUGAAGAUAGACUGGCAACCUGUGCUACAACACCUGCAGCUAGCAUGGAGAAUAUGUCUAUCCAUCCUGAACACAAGGUAUACAGACAGGUAGCCUCUAGAUAUGCUACUCUCAGAACUGUAAUAUCCAAUGUUAGUUCAAAGAUAUCUUUUCUUAAAGCUAGUUUUGGGUCUCCCAUGACCGACCAGUCAGACAAUAAAUCUGUGAUGUCAAGUACUAGUGAUUCUUCUCCAAGAUUAGAGAGCAUGGAUGAAUGUCCUGCAAGUCGUUCAACUGCUAGAUCUCAUCAAGAAACUGAUACAAAAGUUCUUAAAGCCCGUUUUGGCAGUUCUAUUGCCAGAGCAUAUUCUACCAUGAGGAGGCAGCGACUCACAAAAGAUGAAGAAAAUAGAGAAAGUAAAUCCAUUCCAAAUGACUUUAUUUCAAAGAAAAAUUCAAUUUAUGUUCAUAAACCAGGGAGCUCAGUAAUUGGUGCUCGUAUAGCUGGUCUACAUGAAUCAGAAUAUUGUGUACCAAGCUCUUUGUUUGUUUGUCGUCAGCUGAGGUCAAACAAAGAUGGGGAUGUGCGUCCUGAUAGUUUGCUCUCUGAUUCUUCAAACACCACUUCAUCUAGUGAUGGAGAUAAGUUCUCUGGAGGGAGUUACUUGAAUGCUCCUUUUGAAUCUCUAUUAUCUUUAUCUGAUAACAUUACACAGAAAGAUAGAAUGGAGAAGGAAAUUUCUUCACAGAACAAUGAAAGCCCUGGAGACAGCUUUUAUGAGAGGUCUUUAGAGGCAAUUGAAUGUACCAUGCCAGAAGAUCUGUUCAGGGAUUCUGCAAUUUAUAGUGAUCCAGAAGAUGCUGAUCUAAGUACUACUGAGUCUUCUUCAGUAAUAAAUUAUGAGGCAUCUUCAACUUUAUGUACAUUUCCAGAAAUAAACAUUACUAUUGAGGACUUUAAUGACAGUGAGAGAAUAGGGAGAAGGAGAUCAUCUUAUCUUGAUGCAUUUGCCAGUGAAAAUAAAGAUCAAAUUGUUUCAAAAAUAAAUAGUACUAAAAAACUUCAUCCUGCUGAUACAAUUACAUCUGAAGAUCUCAAUCAGGGCAGUGAGAAAAUAGUAAGAAAAAAGAAUAUAAGUAGUUCAGAAACAAUCCCAGAAAAUAUACUGAAUAUUGAGCCUCAUCCUAUAGAAAUUGUGUGCACUCGCCGUGUGAAUGGCACAAUACUUGAAAAUUUGAAAAUCUUGGGGGGAGAAAAUCCGAAAUUUCACAAAGAAAUCACACCAUCAUCAACAGAUGGUAUAAAGAAUAUUGAGCACAAACAGGGAGAAAUUAUUAAACUUCAGAAAGAAUUCAUACCACAAUUAGUAAAAACAGAGGAUGAGAAAAAUCAGGUAAAACUUCCAUCAUUGGUAGAUGGAUUAAAGAGCAUUCACCAAAGACAAAAGGAGGACAUUAAAAUUCUGAAUAAACUUACACCAUUAUCUGUAGACAUAAAGAAAAACAAUCAGCAAGAAGUUAAAUCUCAGAUUGAACUUACUCCUUUUUUCAACGAUGGGUUGAAGGACAUUCAUCAAAAUCAAAAAGAGGAUAUUAGAAUUCAAAAAGAACUUACUGAAUCAUUGGUAGAUGGUUUGAAAAGCAUUCAGCAGAGACGGCUUGAAUUAGAGAAGUGGUGUACUCACAGGGUCAACCAAGACAGUGGAGAAAGCAGUUCAGAUCAUUCAAAUCCCUGCUUCAACACAGUCACAGAGGAACGGGUUAAUGAAGUAUGUACUUCAUUCAGCUCUACAGAGUCUGCUGAUGCACAACCACUGCCUGCAAAAGGGUGGGUAAAGCAUAUUGUCAGCAAAUUUCAAAGUGAAAGCUAAUAAUAAUGGCAAUGAUCUGCACUUUGUUAUAUUAUAAUAUAUUACAGUUUUGUACAGAAGUUUAUGCCUUUUUAUGUGUUUCUAAGAAAUGCCAAUAAAAGUGCCAAAUGCCUUGUAUGUGUGUGUGUGUGUGUGUAUAUAUAUAUAUAUAUAUAUAUAUAUAAUCUAAUGUUUUAUAGGAAAUGUGAUUCUAGAAAAAAUGAUGUCUUUUUUUAUGCCAUAGUUUUACAGCCAUGCCUUUAUCAUUUUAAAAUAUGUUUAAGUUACUCGUGUUUCACAAGUAAUAAGAUACGAUUCAAAUAAUUUUUUUCAACAUCACUUACAAAACAUUCAGGAAAAAUUAAAUGCCUGAAAAUGUACAGAAACUAAUUCUUUUGCAAAAAAAUACAGGGAAAAGUUUUUUAAUGAUGUGAAACUUAUGAAAAAUGAAAUUACUAAAAAACCAAAGAUUUUUAUUUCAUAAAACUAUUUAGUUACCUGUAAAAAUGUAAAAUUAUGUACUUAGCUUUACUGGCAUCUAGUCCAGGCUUUUCACCUGCUGUUUUGAGUUUGCCCAAAAAUUUAAAAUGGAGGACUGCAAGGCUCACCAUUAUUUGAGAUGUUAUGGGUAUGUCUUGAGAUGUUCACUUAUUGUUCCAUGCAUUUUUUGGGGGGUUCACUGACUGUUACACAGAUAAGCAUUGGGUGCUAGAGAAUGGGAGGGCAUUGAAAAUAUCUUAAAUUGUUCAGUCACUUCAGUAAACUUACACUCAUGGAUUUAAUCAUUAAUCCGCCACAAAACAAUUACAAAUUGGGAUCUAACCUAUAAGGCAAUUCCAUGAACAUUCAAGAUGAAGUUUAUGAAGACUUAUUAAUCAGCUACAUUAUAUAUAUCUUAAAAACUAAAAAGAUCUUCAGUACAAAUAAAAGAAAUGUAGGAAUUAUAAAUACUUGUAAAAAACUAUUUCUUCAGAUUUAUCAUGUGCAUAUUUGGAAAUUUUCUAUAAUUGUAAUUUUGUUUUUAGAAUGGAGGUACAAGAACUAAAGUUGUUUUUAACAUUGAGUUAAAUAUGAUGACAUUAGCUAUAAAUUCAUUUGUACAGCUCACCAAAAUGUCCUAUCCCUUCUUCUUCUUUGUAGCAUACUGCUUAAGUUUAUUAGCAUAUUAGUAUAACACUAGACUCACAUGGUCCAUCCAUCUUCCCUUGCAAUGUCCCGUGGAAAUGUAAUACUUGCCUGAGACCUAACACUAGGCUCAUAAUGUUUUCUCUUUUUUUCUGCUGCAAUAUGCUGUCUGAAUAUAAUACCAGCAUGUCUAGGAAUCCCUAAACUUGACAACCUACAUCAGUUUUUUCCUGCUCUCAAGUGGCUUGUCAUCUUAGUGUAAUGUGUUUACAAUAUCUAAUACUAUUAAAAUCUUCCCUCCCUCCUGUCCUAUAACAUAUUACUUAAAUAAACUUAAUUCUGAGCUCACAAUAAAAUUUUGUUUCUCCUGUAACAUGUUGUAUAAAUGUAGGUUCUCAAAGAAACUUAAUUCUGAUUAAAAUUCUUAAUUAAAAUCUUUUUCUCUCUCAUGUCUCUUGUAACAUACUAUUUAAAUGUAGUAUGCUAAGGAGGUAUAUACAGAAUUUUACUAGUGUCCUCCAUAAAUUAUCAGAUAAAGCAUGCUGUUUCAAUACAGUAUUAUUACAAAAUUUAUGAUGGGCUCACAUUAGGAUGUUAUUAGCUUUUCUUGUUAAGUUUACAUUAAAUCUAACACAGAACUUAUAUUAGCACGGGUUUUUUUACCCUUCUGCAGUAAAAUGUAUUAUAGUGUAUGUUAUAUAUAAGUUGCAAAUAUAUACUUUUUAAUUUAGUUUUCAAGUUUAUGUGAAUUAGUGAGCAUUUGAUGGAUGUGAUCGAUAUGAUCCAUCAAUCAAUCAGAAUAAUUUUUUCUUAACUGCAAAUUAUAUUCAGAACUAAGCAUCAUCACUUGUCAACAUUUUUUGUUACUAGGUUAAACUUAAAGAUUAUUCACAGUUGAUAAAAUAUAAAGUAAGUAAUAAUGUACCACUUGUAUUAUGUUUCACUUUUCCAUUAAAAAGCCUUUUUUGUUU